CACAACUUUUUUGUAAUGGCCGGGUUGAUUGAACGAGAAAUAUGUAAGGGCUACCAAAAACGAGAAAGUCUGGUACCUCAUUUAAAGCUUAUUGAUGUCUGCUUCAAAUCAUCUCUGGGCUGUCAGACUUUGGUCUGGCGAUAGGGAUUCAGAAAAUGUUAUUUAUAUUAGUCUUUCUUGGAGUAAUUUUCACAAGUUCAGCUAAACCAUUAUUAUUACUUGCAAACCGUGCCGAUGUACAACUUAUUGAUGCUGCAUACAGCGCCAAUUCCACUAUUGUCCAGAGUGGUCUGGAAGAUGCGGCCGCCUUAGACUUCUGCUUCAAAGAUAAAUCAGUCUUCUGGACAGACGUAAGUCUGGCCAGAAUCAAAAGGACACAGAUCGACCGGCCAAAAUUCAGCGAGGAUGUCAUAGUGUCAGGUUUGGUGUCACCAGAUGGCCUUGCCUGCGACUGGAUCGCGGAAAAAUUGUACUGGGCAGACUCGGAAACCAAUCGUAUCGAAGUCAGCAAUUUAAAUGGAAGUUAUCGAAGUGUUCUGUUCUGGGAAGAACUGGAUCAGCCUCGCGCCAUUGCUUUGGAUCCUCUCUCUGGAUGGAUGUUCUGGACAGACUGGGGUGAAGUUCCAAAGAUUGAGCGGGCAGGAAUGAACGGAGAUCGAACCACACGCUCAAUAAUCAUAAAAGAAAACAUCCACUGGCCCAACGGUCUAACUAUUGAUUAUGCUGACAAAAAAAUCUACUGGGCUGAUGCAAAGGUUCGAUACAUUGCUAGCUGUGAUUAUGAUGGAAGGAAUCGUAGAGAAAUAGUAGCAGGGGGGAAGAUCCUGUCUCACCCUUUUGCGUUAACGCUGAGUGGCAGGACCCUGUAUUGGACUGACUGGCAGGAGCGUUCCAUUUUUACUUGUGAUAAAAUAACGGGUAGCAACAUUCGGUCAGUGAUGGAGAACAUAUACUCCCCUAUGGAUAUCCAUGUAUACAGUGCCAACAGACAGCCCAAGAGACCUGGGCAGCAUCCCUGUACAGUUAAUAAUGGUGGCUGUUCUCACCUGUGUCUGAUUUCUACCAAGGAACCCUAUUACACCUGUGCCUGUCCCACAGGUGUAAGACUUCUAGACAGUAAAACUUGUGCUAAAGGCGUGGAACAACUGUUGCUGCUGGCUAGACGUAGAGAUAUCCGCAAAAUUUCAUUGGACAUGCCUGACCACACAGAUGUUGUGUUGCCCCUGAAUGAAAUCAAACAUGCCAUUGCAAUUGACUAUGACCCUGUGGAAAGCCAGGUUUACUGGACAGACGAUGAAGUGAGAGCCAUCAAAAGGGCUUACUUGGAUGGGACAGGGGAGGAAGUGGUGGUUCGGACUGGGGUGGAUCAUCCAGAUGGAAUAGCUGUAGACUGGAUUGCCCGGAAUUUGUAUUGGACUGACACUGGAACUGACCGGAUUGAAGUAUCCAGACUGAAUGGAACAUCCCGGAGAGUUUUGAUAUCUGAUGACCUGGAGGAACCAAGAGCAAUAGCCUUAGAUCCUGUAGCUGGGGUGAUGUAUUGGAGUGAUUGGGGAAAGAUACCUAAAAUAGAAGUAGCCAACUUAGAUGGAAGCAGCCGAAAGCUCUUAAUCAACUCCUCCCUGGGCUGGCCGAAUGGACUGGCUAUUGACAUCAAUGCACGCCCAAAGAAAUUGUACUGGGGGGAUGCUAAACACGACAAGAUAGAGGUUUCUGAUGUUGACGGAACCAACCGAAAAGUCCUUGUGGAUGAACAGCAGAAUAUCCCUCAUUUGUUUGGAUUCAGUUUGCUAGGGGAUUACAUCUAUUGGACAGACUGGCAGAGACGGUCCAUAGAAAGGGUCAACAAGCACAAUGGGACGGAUAGAAAGGUCAUUGUUGACCAGCUGCCCGACCUGAUGGGGUUAAAGGCUGUCAGUGUGUUUAACUACUCAGGCACCAAUCCUUGUGCACAUUACAAUGGAGGAUGCAGUCACCUCUGUCUGUUCACUGCUGAUCAGGGUGUUGUGUGCGCUUGUCCAAUGGGAUUGGAGCUUGUCAGCAAUGGAAAAACCUGCAUCGUGCCUGAGGCCUUCAUUUUAUUUACCAGUCACCAUGACAUUAAACGCAUGUCCUUGGAAACCAAUCACCGUAUACGACCCAUACCGAUCAAAGGGGUCAAAGACGCCCUAGCAAUAGAUUUCCAUAUCGCAGACGAUAGGAUUUAUUGGACGGACGGAGAUCUGAAGAGAAUAAGCAGAGCCUUUCUAAAUGGCAGUUCCUUGGAGCCCAUUGUUCAGUAUGGACUCACCUACCCAGAAGGAAUAGCUGUGGAUUGGGUGGCUAAGAAUCUUUACUGGGUUGACACAGGAAAGAAACGAAGGAUUGAGGUGGCUAGGUUAGAUGGCUCAUCGCGGCGUGUCAUCAUAUGGAAGGAUCUAGAAGCUCCUAGGGCUUUAGCUGUCAAUCCACCUGAUGGUUACAUCUACUGGACAGACUGGACAACUCAGAAGCUGGAAAGGGCUGCCCUGGAUGGGACAAUGAGGGAAGUUAUUAGGACAGGGAUAGGAAAAGUCCAUGGACUGACCAUUGACUAUGGAGAGAAGAGAUUAUACUGGACGAGCAUAGACCAAAAUGUUAUUGCAUCCUCUGAUCUGAACGGAAACGAUAUGGUGAAGGUCAUCACUGACCAGGUGCCUCAGCCCAUGAGUCUGACUCUGUACCAUGACUUUAUAUUCUGGGCGGAUUGGCAGAGACAGACAAUAGAGCGGGCUAACAAGUCAUCUGGGUCCAAUCGCACCACCAUUCAGACCAGCGUAGACAGUGUCAGAGACAUACUGGUCUUUCAUUCCUCCAGACAAUCUGGGAGUAACAGCUGCAAAGACAAUAAUGGGGGGUGUUCACACUUGUGUCUGGCACACCCUGUUAACCACUCCUCUGGAACACCUCAUCACUGUGCAUGUCCCACACACUUUCGACUCAACAGGGACAAUAAGACAUGCUCAGCUCCUAAGACAUUUCUGCUGUUCAGUCAGAAGAACACGAUCAGCCGUCUUGUAAUAAAUAAUGACGAUUUCGAUCCUGAUACUCCAGAGGUGGUUCUUCCUAUCCCACAGCUCAAGAACAUCAAAGCCCUCAGCUAUGACCCCGUCAAACAUUUCAUUUACUGGAUUGAAGGCAAAAAUAUGGUCAUCAAGAAGGCUGCUGAUAAUGGAACCCACGUUGCUACAGUGGUGUCUAACCCAGAAGGAGAGCACCGCCCUUUCGAUAUUGCUGUGGACCCGUACUCCAGAGUCCUGUACUGGACAUGCGCUAAAAAGAACACCAUAAAUAUCACUGGAUUGGAUGGCACCCCUGUGGGAGUCAUAGUAGAGGGAGAGAAGCAUGUACCAAGAUACAUUGCUCUCAACCCACUGGGAGGUCACAUGUACUGGACUGACAUGGGCAGCAAUCCCGUUAUCAUGCGAGCUUCCAUGGACGGCACAGAGAGUAUUAAAUUGUUUAAUUCGGAAUUAGAUCGCCCUGGACCACUAGCUAUCGAUGUAGAGGGCAAUAUGUUAUACUGGGCUGAUUCACGUCUUAACCGCAUUGAAUGCUCAGACUUGUCUGGAGGCAAUAGGAAAAAUUUGGUGGAUCAAGAUGUCGCCAAUCCACGUGGAAUGGCCAUCUUUGGUAAUUUUCUUUACUGGAUUGACAAACAACAUCAUGUUAUUAGCAGAGUGCAAAAAGCCACUGGGAAAAAUCGAUCGUUCAUCCAGGGCAGGCUGGAUCAACUUAGUGAUCUUCUGGUGGCAAGGGGUUUAGUGCCUGAAGACCUCAACCACCCAUGUGCCAAAAAUAAAGGCAACUGCUCACAUAUCUGUGUGGCAGAUAGUGGGGGGAAGGCUAGUUGUUCAUGUCCCUUAGACCUGGUGUUAAAAGCUGAUCUGAAGACUUGUUCAGAUCCUCCGACUUGUUCACCGGAGCAGUUCACCUGUGUCAGUGGUGAACUUCACUGCAUCCCCAAGGUAUGGAGGUGUGACGGUACAGAGGAAUGUGCUGAUGGAUCGGAUGAACAGAACUGUCCGGUCUGUCAUCCACAAGAUGAGUUUAAAUGUGACAAUGAUCUCUGUAUCAGCAUCAAAAAAGUUUGUGAUGGAGAGGCCCAGUGUGACGAUCAAACAGAUGAAUCGAACUGUGAUCCCACUAGUCGAGCCCCUCAUAACUGCAAGGAGGAUGACUGCCCCCCUGCAGUGGCAAAGUCAUCGCCUAGCAAGGAGGUGGCAACAUGGACCAUCGUCAUAGUGGUGGGUCUUAUUGCAAUUGUGUUAGUGUUUGUGUUUGUGUUUGCAUGUCGACGCAGGACUCCGAGAUUAAUAUACGAAGAGCGCAGCGACAUGAGUCAGUUAAAACCAUUGAACCAUUCUGUGCACACAGGAGAGACAACUCUAAACACCCUGUCUUCUCAUGGCGGUAAAUCCCAUGAAACAGGAUUAUCCUCAGUGACAAUGCCUCUGUAUGAUAGAAAUCAUGUGACUGGGGCAUCUUCCAGCAGUAGUACUGUGACUCAAUACCCAAAAGAGACCCUCAAUCCCCCACCUAGUCCCGUCACUGACCGGUCGGUGUAUAAAGGGGCCUACUCGGGGUAUUCCUCUAAUAGUCCAUCGACUGUUCGGUCAUAUCGACCAUACAAACUUAGAAUACACAAUAUCCCCCCUCCUCCCACCACACCCUGUAGCACGGACGUAUGUGAGGAGAGUGAACCUUAUCCUACCAAAUUAUAUUACGAACAACAGUCUAUAUCAGAACUGUACAGCUAUGACCCCUACCCUCCUUUACCGACCCCCUAUUUUUCAGAUGAUAUGAGUUGCCCCCCUUCACCACCAUCGACAGAGAGGAGCUUUUUUAAUCCAUAUCCCCCACCCCCCUCACCAGUGGCUGAGAGUUCAGAUUGUUAGUGUAAAUAAUAUAUAUUUACUUUAAUUCAAAUAUUUCUUGUGUCAAAUGUGAUUUUUUUUUGGAGUGCUAGUAAAUGAGAUGUGUGAUAUGACAAAUUUUUAUACGUAAUUAUUCUGUUAUUGUUUGACAGUAUUUAUAUGCAUAUGAAAA